UCAGUGAUUCUGUACCAGUGGUGUGAGGAGCAGGUUCUGGGUCAUAAGUCUAGUUAUGUCUGUCCUGUCCGGUGUAGAGAAUUCGGCAGGAGUGGUGCUCAGGAGAGCGGUGGAGCUGGACGGCAGUGGCAGAUACCAGGAGAGCUUGGUCUGCUACCAGGAAGGCAUCGACCUGUUGCUUCAAGUGUUAAAGGGUACAAAAGAUGACGUAAAGAAAACACACUACAGACAGAAAUUGCGAAGCUACAUGGAUAGAGCUGAGCAAAUUAAACACCAUGUGCUGAAAGAGAAAGAAGAGGGAAAAUAUCACAAGCAAAUCAAGAUUGUAGAAAAUGCAACCGGUUACAGUUAUGAAAACCUUUUCAAGCCAUAUGUAGAUGAAACUCUAACAGAAGUGUGGUUGGAGGACCCAUAUAUCCGGCACGCUCAUCAACUGUAUAACUUUUUACGAUUUUGUGAAAUGCUAAUAAAGGGUCCUUCUAGGAUCAAGAAAAUCAACUUACUAACUUCAAGAGAUGAAGACAAUGGGAAAGAUCAACAGAUGUGUAUUCUGCAAGAGAUCAAAAUCUCCCUUCAAGAUUAUGGUGUUCUACUAGAGUUCACCUUCUCAUCAUCCAUCCACGACCGGGAAAUCAGAUUUAACAAUGGUUGGAUGAUAAAAAUUGGGCGAGGUCUUGACUAUUUUAAGAAACCUCAGAGUCGUUUUUCUAUUGGCUCCUGUGACUAUGACUUGCGGCCCUGCUAUGAGACAUCAGUUGAUAUCUUCCACAACAAUCACACAAGAAAAACCUGACUAAACUCUGCACAAAGGAGUCGUUUUUAAAGAGGUAUUCUAAAUAACUGGAGUGGUAAAGAGGU